GUACCUUGGCUAGGCAUGGCAAGGUGGUACAAAAAGAGAGUUGUAGUAGGUCGUCCACAGGCAGUUAAAAUGGAGGAUCUGCUGGUACCAGAUACACCUGCUGGUCAGAGGUCAAUAAAUUCUCAGAAAGAGGUCGAAGAGCCAUCUUGCUGCUCACCAACCCGUUCCAAGUUGAAGACUUCCCCUAUCAGAGUGUUCAGUGUGAUCCAUAUUGUGUGUGGUUUCUUGUCCAUUGGAUUGGGCAUCGUAGCAUGCACCUUUGGUUGUCAGUAUCCUGGCGCCGCCAUUGUAGCUGGCAUAGUAUUUGUAGUGACUGGUGUCAUUGGGAUGCUUGUGACAGAACAUGGAGUCAUGGCUGCAGUGUAUGGGUUUUUAUGUGUUUUUAGCUGUCUGUUGAGUAUUGUUCUGAUGGUGCUUAUGUUAAUUGCUUCGUCUUAUGGAGAAGGUGAAUAUAGAGACACUUGCAGCAGUCAUGAUUGUAAUUAUAGCUACCCAGACAACUGUUGUUCUGACUACAAAUUUUUCAUAACGUGGAAAAAUGCUGCAGUUGAUGUGGGAAUUCUGGCUGUUGCUGUUGUUGAAUUGGUUGCUUCCUGGCUGGCUGCGACUCUGAGUUUACGCAAUACAAAUUGGAUCACAAUUUGCUGUUUGAAAAAAAAUAUGAAUGAAAUGCAGUUUCCAAAUUCUGAUCAGAGAACUAGAGCUGAACCCUCAGAUGAAACCUCACCAGUGAGUGGCCAAUCACCAGCCAUGAAGCGAUGCUGGAAACCUUGUGAGAGCAAAGGUCACCGCAAUCUCACCAUCAUCCUAAGUGUUUUUCAUAUUAUUAUUGGUGUCAUCUGUAUUGCCCUUGGUAUCUUGGCGGUGUUUUACAAAUGUGAAUUAUCAUACAUUGGAAUGCCUAUCUGGUCCGGACUAUUGAUAUUUGUAGUGACUGGUAUUUAUGGGUUGUUGAGUGUCACAAAGAAGGGGCCGUAUAUUCCCUGUUUCUUUUCACUUUCCAUCCUAGCUUUUAUAAUGUCUAAUAAUAUGUUCAUAUGGGCUUCUGCUAAUAUAAGCGAAGACAAAUACAACCAGCACAUGUAUGGCUGUGUCGAUUGGAAUUGCUACAACAUCACAACAACACCUUCCUAUUGCUGGGACUGUUUGCCUGGAUGUUGCAAAAUGGGUGACAUGUCUAGUCACAAGGACAGAAACAUAAGGGUUUUGCUGGACUCAUUCAUUGUGGGAUUUGGUGUUUUCGAAGCACUAAUCUGCAUGGUGACCUUUGGCCUUUCUUUUUGUCAACUGAGUUGUUACUUUUGUUGUCAGGGCUCAAACUGCAACUGUUGUCAAACUAAGAAUAAUGAACAAUACCAGAUGGUUAUGGGCCCCAAUGGUAGUGUGAUGAUGUUACCUGUACCAAGAGCAGCACAUGGUAUGCCGAUGAUGGUACAAAACCAGCCGAUGAUGGUGCAGCACCAACCUAUGAUGCUUCCCAACCAACUUAUUGCUGCUCAGAACCAACAAGUAGGAGCUCAAACCUCGGGACCUGAAGAACAACAAGUACAUGGUGCACAACAACCAGCCGUCCAGGCACAGGGGCAGCCAAUGUUGGUCCAGAGUUCUGGCCAACUGAUGAUGGUAGGUGGACAGGGACAACCAAUGAUGCUUCCAGCUCAGGGGCAACCAAUGAUGGUACAUCAAAGUCAGGGGCAACCAAUGAUCGUCCAGGCUCAGGGGCAACCAAUGAUGAUACAUCAAGGUCAGAGGCAACCAGUGUUUCAACAGCCAAUGUUUGUGCAAGGUGUGGGGCAAGUAGGUAUGGUUCAAGAACGGGGACAGCCAACCAAUCAGACAUUCAUGAUUCCUGGACAAAGUCAGCCACUUCAAACGGUGACCCAAGCUCAGAUUCCGAACCCUGAGCAACAGAUACAAGCUACUGGAGAACCUGAUGACACUGGAGAUGCAAUGACAUUGGUAGCUGGACAAGAUGCUGGCAGCGUCUCAAACCCAACUGUGUAAAUGUCCCAUUUUUGUAAAGCACGAUGACGAUUUAAUUUUCAUCAUCCUUAUUAGGCCUAAAAAAAUAGUUUGUUUGCCCUGCAGCGCCUGCCCUUAGCUCACGGAAAAGUAGGGGCAGUGUUUUUAAAAAAAGUUUUUUUUUCUUUCGAUUUUUUGUUCACAAAUUUUAAAAAGUGAUCACCAUUCUAGACCUAAAUUCAUUGCAAAAUAUCGAUUAUCAGUUAUUUUUAUUCAGUCUGAUGUAUAUCCUUUGAAAAACAAAUAGCGAGACAGGCUUAAUUGAAAGCAUUGCAAUUUAAAAUGUGAAUUUUGGUGACGGGAGAAAAAAAAAAACUAAAAAAAAAAACUUUUUUUGUGCCCUUCCCUCCUAUACAAUUUUCAGCAUUAAAGGGCAAACAAACAAUUUUUUUUUUUUAGGCCUUAUAUUCAAAAUUGUCUCAAAUUCUGUUCUUAUGAUAUACUCAGUAUGCUGGUUUAGUGUUAUUUAGAAGAAAAAAUUAUAUAAAUAUACCGAAUUCUAAUAUUGUGCUAUUAUUCUAUGAAAGUGUUUUAAACAUGUGUUUAGUGUUGUAAUUGCCAAAUUCCUUUGGAUAGCCUAGUAUACUGGUAAAAUAAUUUUAUAGAGGAUUAUAUCUGAUUAUAAAGUGUUUUAUUGAAAUACAGUUAACAUUACUUUGAGUAUGCCACCGUUUUUUGGUGUAGCGUAUAAAAAUUGUGAAUGCGGAACGAAAUUGGGAUGUUCCGAAAUUCCUGAAUCCGCCACUGUUAAUAAUAAUAAUGAAAAAAAAUUGAUUGGUAUUUGUAUUUUUAAUGAGUGUAUAUAUUCAGUGUAUGCUAAAUAUACCAUGGUAAUAUUUUAUCUAGUUUUUUUGGGUUGAUAUUAUAAACAUUUGCAGAGAGAUAAAAGCAGAAUCGAUUGUCUAGUGAGGAGAGAGUGAAAAGACAAAUGAUGUGUGCAGAUCAGUUUACAUACAGCAGCUGAUAAAAAAAAAUAUAUGUUCUAUGUUGUUUUAAGGAUUCGGUGUAUGCAUUUCCAUUAAAAAGCCAAGUACAGUAUUUAGACUGAUGACACACAAAUCAUUGUUCCUGCUCUUUGAAGCUUGCCAAUAUUAUAUCUAUUAUAUUUUUUUAAACAAUAUAUGUGAUAUUCUCUUUUUUAUAAUUUAUAUUCUUGCAUGUUUCGUGGCUGGGGGACUAAUAAAAUUGUGAAGAAGAGUUUAAUAUUUUUUAUAAGGUAAAGUUCGGAAAUAACUUGCGACCAGUACACCAGGAUAACCCCUACUCUUUUCUAAUGUAUAUAUCCCCCCCCCCUUCAUAUCACAGUUGUGGUGUUCCAUUAUUUGUACUAUAUGUUACGCAGAUGAACUCACUGUAUUCAUUAUUGCUAUUUUGUACUUUGAACUGGAUUUGGCAUGUAAUAAUUACACAGAUAUUAUUAUUAAAGCAUGGUUUUUAUUUUAAA